UGCGUACCGUUCGUCUGUACUACGUUACUACUGUGUGUAUGUUGACUUGACAGUCUAGUUUCUGGCGCACUGCUGGUCGGGCGUUAGUUGUUGUUUUGCAAUUGAUUUCUUUUCAUUUUCGAUAUUUCAAAAAUUUUUACCAUCAGUGCCGUAGCUAUAAUUGCAUUUAUACAUAUGUGUGUUCAUACCGUAUUUUACAUCAAGAGCAAUAAUUACCGUUUUUAUUAAGCAAUAUUUAAACGACUAAGUCAUAAACAUUUACAUAUUAGUUUUGUGUUAUUGUAAAAAAAAAUACUAUUAAAAUGUUUAACGGAAUCACUAGUCAGAUGAGUAGCUGGAUUGGUAAAAAGCAAGAAGAUGUAGAAGAAACUGUACCAUCACCAAAGACUGAACAGCCUGAGGAGUAUAUUGAAAAAAAAGAAGAUUUAAGUCCAACAAAACCGCCUAGUAAACUAGAGCUGUUGGGUAAUGUGAAAAAUCAAAUGUCCAGUUGGUUAGGAAGUGGUAUAUCUGGUUUGCGUAAAAGUGACAGCGAAGUUGUCCCAGACCCCCCAGCAGAACUUUUACAAGAAGCUACAAAAGAGAGUUUUAAAGAAAAAGAUGAUGAUAACUCCAGUGCUACUGGGGAUCCAGAUACUCCUAUUUCAGAAGGAGAGGAUGAUUUGGGCAAUACUCAAGGAGGAAAUGUAUCAACUAAAGCUCUUCAGGGAGCAAAAUCGAUAGGGAGCUUCUUAUAUAGUGCUGUAAAUAAAGCAGGAAAAACGGUCAGUGAAGCAGGAGCUAAAAUCAAGAAAACUGUUGGAGAAAACGGUAUACUUGGGGAAUUAAACAAAGAACAAGAGUCAUUUUUAAAGGAUAAAAAAGAUAGUGAUGUUGCUGCUGUUCCACCUUGGAUUGGUCAUCCCAACGAAGAAGCUGUCAAAGCUGAAUGUCUUGCAUUAUCUACAGAUAAGCGUAAUUUUGUACGCAGCCCUCCAAUUGGUGUAGAUUUCAGUUUCAAUUAUGAAACUUCGUAUCCUGUUGCUUUGGCUAUUUUAGCCGAAGACCCAAACUUAGAGAAAAUGCGAUUUGAUCUUGUUCCCAAAAUAAUAAAUGAAGAAAGUUUCUGGCAAAACUAUUUCUACAGAGUCAAUUUAAUUUGCAAUGCAAGCAAUUUGGAAUCACUAGAAACAACAGAUUACAAAACAGCAUCAACAAAUAUCAAUUCUGAUUUGACAGACACCAUGAAAAAAGACACUUAUGUGAAAGAAUCAGAGUUUAUAUCCGACACAUUUGCAGAACAUGAUACAAAUGAAAUAAAUGAAAUAAGGAAGAGUUUGAAAGAAAGUUUGGGCGUUGAGUCUUCAGAAAAUGAAGAACAUUGGGAAAAUGAGUUGGAGGCUGAACUACAAGAGUACGAGAUUGUCAAGAACAAUGAUGAUGGCCAAACAGACAAUACAAAAACUGGAUUCGGUGAAAUAUAUGACCUCAAAUAAUUGUUUAUUACAUAGCUGUUAGGUCUCAAAAAUAUUGUUAAAUAUUGAUUUUUUAAGGCUGGUGUUCUAAAGUAGAAUUUAGACUAAUUAAGUAAUGAUUGACUGUUUUAAAUUUUAUUAUUUACAACAUUAAUUAUAUUAUAUAAUAUACCAUACCUAACCAAAAAUUAAAUACCAUUUAUGGUUAACUUAAUAAAAAUUACUUUCAUGUUGUUAAAUUAGUGAUAAUUUAUUAUUAUUAUUAUUAUUAUAUAUUAUUAAAUUAUUAUUAUUACAAUACAAUUUAUUAAACAUGAUUAUUAUAAUACCUUAUAAAACAA